AUGGACAAUUUUUUGCAAUGUCCAGAGGAUCAGUAUCCAAAUCAUGCCCAGGAUUCAUGCAUUCCAAAAGUCCUGACUUUCCUGUCUUGUGAAGAAGCUUUGGGGAUGACUUUGGCAAUAUUGGCUCUUUCCUUUUCAUUCAUUGCAGCUUUAGUGCUUGGCAUCUUUGUUAAGCACCAGGACACUCCCAUUGUCAAAGCCAACAACCGGAAUCUCACCUACACUCUCCUCAUUUUCCUCCUGCUCUCCUUCCUUUGUGCUUUGCUGUUCAUUGGCCAACCCAAAACGCUGACAUGCCUUCUCCGACAAACUGCUUUUGGCAUUAUCUUCACGGUAGCUGUGUCUUGUGUUCUGGCCAAGACCACCAUUGUAGUUCUAGCUUUCAUGGCCACCAUGCCUGGAUCCAGAAUGAGGAAAUGGUUGGGGAAGAGACUGGCUGUUUCCAUUGUUCUUGGCUCCUCCCUGAUUCAAACCACUAUUUGUACGGUGUGGCUCUCAACCUCCACCCCAUUCCCAGAUUUCAACAUGCACUCAGUUGUUGAAGAAAUUAUACUAGAAUGUAAUGAGGGCUCAGUUACCAUGUUUUAUUGUGUCUUGGGUUUCAUGGGUUUGCUUGCUACUGUCAGCUUCUGUGUUGCUUUCCUAGCCCGUAAAUUGCCUGAUAGUUUUAAUGAAGCCAAGUUUAUCACCUUCAGUAUGCUGGUUUUUUGCAGUGUUUGGUUGACCUUUGUCCCAACCUAUCUCAGCACAAGGGGGAAAUAUAUGGUUGCCGUGGAGAUUUUCUCCAUCUUGGCCUCCAGUGCUGGGUUACUGAGUUGUAUCUUUUCUCCAAAGCUUUAUAUCAUUGUGUUGAGACCUGAGUUGAACAACAAGGAACAGCUAAGAAGAACAAAACAAUGA